CAUGUCUGGCCUGGAUUUUCAUAUAUAAUAAUAGGAUUCAUGGUGUCGGUUAAUAUGCCAUAUUGCGCAAAAAUUUACCAAAAUUCCGUCAAAUAUGACUCUCACGGGCAUGGUAGUGACGUCGUCGUCAUCGUUUCAUAAAGAUAGAAAGAGUAACCCAAACUCUCUUUUUGUGACGCAACACGUCUCCUGAAAUUUGAAAGAGAGAAAACAAUUUCUUUUCACGCUCAAAAGUAGUGAGUCAGCUUGCAUAGGAUAUAUUCCGAUGCGAAUAGACUGAAGCUUCAUUCUAAUUUUUGCUGUUCGAAAAUUUACUUUCAUCGAAGCAAAGUUGACGAAAUUCUUGGAUUCGAAAUGAAGAUUCCGAUUCGACACAGUUUCAUCGGACUCAUACUGUUGAUGGAAGCUUGUUUACUGAUUAAAGGAGAGGAAUGCUGGAUUCCUAUGAUUUGCGACGAUCAACCUACUUGGAGAGAACUUACGAAUGGACAGUGCACAAAAGAAGAAGAGAAAGCUUUGGAAGCUUUAACGGAACGAUUAGACGGGAUGAAAAGUGAGCUCAAUCAAUUAGAAAAGGCGUUGGAAGAAGCAGAGACGAACUCAGUGCAGCCCUCUGUUGUAGGAGUCAAAGAAACGACCAAUCCCCAGGGUAACAAAGUCAAGAACACGACGCGCUCUUCAACCGUUCCUGCUACAUCCCCGUGGUCAACUAAGGAAGCCUUUCUGUCUACUGUGCUCCCACAAACUACAAAAGUCGAACAGAGUACAGUUACAGUACGUACCUGCCCAGCACCUGAAGCUCUAGACAACGGGAUUGUGGACCUUGCGACCGCACCUGACUUAGAGUUUGGUCAAACAAUCGAAUAUUCAUGCAAUGCUGGAUACGUUCUUCAAGGAUCAAACAUGGGAAAAUGCGGAGAAAAUGGAACCUGGGGGGAAGUGCCCACCUGCGUAGUCGAUCUUACUUGUGAUUUUGAGUCUUCAACCAACCCUACAUGCGGCUACAUGAGAGUUAAUGGAACAUUUGAAAGGACUAAGGACAUUACAGGUUAUGUUCUUGCUGGUAAUGGUACAAUCAGAUCCUUACCCAAGGCUUUGGCUGGCAAUGAGGAACUAUGCAUGAGUGUCGACAUAAAAGGAUCAUCUGAUGGAGAACUGGUGGCCAAGGUUCACAAUGGAACUGUAACGAAAGCAAUCUGGCCGUUUUCUUCCUCGACCACCUGGAAAACCGAGAAAUUUGUUUUAAAGAAAGUAAACUCUACAGAUACCGAGGUCCAACUUGUGCUUGACGCAUCCGGGAAUGUAGAGUUAGACAACAUAACAACUUUGAACUCUUCCGAAUGUUAUGGUUUUGCUACACCAUGUGCUAAGCGAAAUCUUGAGAAGGGAACAAUUUCUCCUGAGCAGGAAUUGUACAGUCAAGAUCAGGAGGUCAGUUACUCUUGCAACUAUGGUUACACUUUGGCAGGGGGACAGACAGGAACAUGCAAAGCUGACGGUUCAUGGUCCACAACACCAGUGUGCACUCCUAUACAAUGUGCAAAGCAAAAUCUUGAGAAGGGAACAAUUUCUCCUGAGCAUGAAUUAUACAGUCAAGAUCAGGAGGUCAGUUACUCUUGCAACUAUGGUUACACUUUGGAAGGAAAACAGACGGGAACAUGCAAAGCUGACGGUUCAUGGUCCACAACACCAGUGUGCACUCCUAUACAAUGUGCAAAGCGAAAUCUUGAUAAGGGAACAAUUACUCCUGAGCAUGAAUUAUACAGUCAGGGUCAGGAAGUCAGUUACUCUUGCAGCAGUGGUUACAUUUUGGCUGGGGGGCAGACGGGAACAUGCAAAGCUGACGGUUCAUGGUCCACAACACCAGUGUGCACAAAAUGUGGAGUUGUCUAUGAUUUAAGAUGUUUUCGAGCGAUCGUUUAUGGCGUGGGAAACGUCUCAUUAAGCGUCGCUGAAUUUAUUUGCGAAAACAAAUUGGCCAACAUUUAUGACGUCACACACUACAACCGGGUUGUUGAUUAUUUACGAUCAAUGAUUCCUGAUGGGCGAUCAUGGAUUUGGAUUCGUACAGGAAUGACUUACGAGAACGGUCAGCUGUAUUCAACGACGGGCCAAGCUAUGUCUCUACCAACUGAGGUUUGGCAUAAUGGGUAUCCGGAUUCCGGUGCAUCGUACACAACUGUUGUUGUUGAAGUCAAUCAAAACCCGGAUGAUCAAGGGAUUUUUAAUGAUUCUCCUUCCUAUGCACAUUACGGAGCCAUCUGUGAAAAUGAAUUAUAACUCUGUUCAUUGAAUGAUCGAUAAACAAAAACUGUAAAAUUACUCGAGUUUGAGAGUUAUUGUUAUUCACCCUAGUAGCCUAUUUGAAACUUUAAAUUACUAUUUCCACAGUUGAACAUACAUAUGCUAUUCUCGAAUAUUCUUUAGCCACAUGCAGCUUGAAUUUACAGCCCAAGAACAAGCAUAUGAAGUAAAUAGAUCCUGCAUGCGGUAUGUAACUCUCAUAUGGGAUACAGUUGGGUUGUAGGGUAAUUACUUAACACUUGUAUCAGACGGUUAAUUUACCGAAACUUUUAUUUAAAACGUCACGAUGAUAAAGAGUUUGCAUAAAAGCCUGAGGUGUUUUAAAUUCUCUCUCAGAAUAAGGCUCCGCACAGUCUGUCGCUUAUACUUGGAAAACUAUGAAUCGUUUGUUUUGGCUCCGCUGGAACUGUGAUACAUAGAUCACAAUGAAUGUGAGAUACAUAAGUGACAAGCAGUCUGUUGGAAAGUUGUAUAAUCGCAUGACAUUGUUGAAAGCAAUGUUGAACCGAUGCGAUUUUAAUAAUGCAAACUUAUUCAAAUUGUCUUUUGGGAUUUUCUUGGGUAGGAAUUUUAUUAAAACUGCAUUCAUUGUUAGAUUUUUACCAAACAAACUCUUUUUUAUUUCCUAGAUGUGUUCAAGAAAUGUUUGAAAUAUUAUUUCAACUCAAUUUGCUUCUGAUUGAAUAUAAAUAAUCUUGAAAAGUUGGCGAUUUGGUAUAUUCAAAUAUAUAUUUUAUUUUCAAGAAAUUCCAUUAAAUCACAAAAUGUUUGAUACGCGAUGAAUAACGGUUUUGUAUCUGUAACUUCUAAAUAUCUGAAAAAUUUAAGUUCCAAAUAUUAUAAAAAGACGUAGUCUUCGAAUAUUUGUCAUUGAACCCUGUUUUGAUAAGGCUUUGAUAUCGGAAAAAUUCACAAUCGACUCUGAAAAAAUCAAAUUUUGAUAAAAAAAACUUUGGUAAAUGCAAACAUUUCUCAAUGGACAAUUCCGAAUGCUCAGUAAAUCAAAGCUUUUUGAAUUUAUAAGCAAGUUUUGAAACAUUGAAAAUCUACGAUUCCGACAAAUUCAGACUACUGCUCUCGUUUUAUCUUGCUCAACUCCGAUUCCA